GGAGGGCAGCAUCGGCGGGAGAGAUGGGUCCUCGCGGCCGGCUUCGCUGAAACUCGCUCGCGUGGGCUGCCCGCGGCGGGCCCACAGUGGCCGCGGCGGCAUGAAGGGCUCUCUGGGGAGUCCCGUGGCCGCGGCCGCCGCAGGCGCCGCGAUGCAGGAAAGUUUCGGCUGCGUCGUAGCCAACCGCUUCCACCAGCUGCUGGACGACGAGUCGGACCCGUUCGACAUCCUGCGCGAGGCCGAGCGCCGACGCCAGCAGCAGCUGCAGCGCAAGAGGCGAGACGAGGCGGCGGCGGCUGGGGCUGGCAACCGCGGCGGCCGGAGCCCGGCCGGGGCCUCGGGCCACAGACUCGGCGCGAGCGGCGGCCGGCGGGAGUCCCAGAAGGAACGCAAGAGCCUCCCGGCCCCCAGCGCGCAGCAGCCGGACAGCCCCGGGGGCGGCCCGCAGCCAGCCGGCCAGAAGCGAACUCCUAGAAGAGGGGAGCAGCAAGGCUGGAGUGACAGCCGGGGGACAGAGGUGAUGCUGGAUCGAGCAGAGCGGAGAGCCUACCGGGAACAUCAACCCUACGAGACCGAGAGGCAGGCGGACUUGACACCUGAGAAGGUCACAGAUGAAAAACCAGCUGACAGGUUUGAUCGAGAAAGACCGCUGAGAGGACGUGGAGGCCCAAGAGGGGGCCUGCGGAGCAGAGGCCGCGGUGGUCUCGGGAACAGAGCUCCUGACCGUUUUGACCAGAGAGGGAAACGGGAAUUUGAGAGAGAUGGUGGGAAUGACAAAAUAGCAAUCAGAACUGAAGACAGCGUGGGUGGACGCGGAGCUCGCCCCUGGGGAUCCGGCAAAGACCCCAGUGCCGGGGAGCCGACUGCGCCCAUGGAGGAGCCCCCCGUGGUGGAGGAGCCCCCCGACCCCCUGGAGGAGGGGUCUCCGGCCAAAGUUCCUGAGUUGGAGGUAGAAGAAGAAACUCAAGUUCAAGAGAUGACCCUAGAUGAGUGGAAAACGCUUCAAGAACAGACCAGACCGAAGCCUGAAUUUAACAUCCGGAAACCUGAGUCCACGGUCCCUUCCAGAGCUGUGGUGAUACACAAGUCCAGAUACAGAGAUGACGUGGUAAAGGAUGACUCCGAGGAUGAUGCCCACGUUUUCCGGAAAGCGGCCAAUGACAUCACAUCCCAGCUGGAGAUUAACUUUGGUAACCUCCCUCGUCCCGGGCGUGGAGCCAGAGGUGGCCCGCGGGGAGGCCGGGGAAGGAUCAGAAGGGCAGAGAACUGUGGAUCCCGAGCAGAAGUGACUAAAGACGUUGCUCCAAACCCGGAUGACCCUGAAGACUUCCCUGCCCUGGCUUGAGAGAGCCCUGCUUCCCUGGGACUCGCGCCGGCACACUGCAGGGGAGAGUCCACUCUAAGAACAAUACAUGUUGCUUUAUCUCCCGCUAGUGUGACUUCAUUCAC